CUUUCCCGAGCGUGCCCUCGCCGCUGCCCCACACGACCCCCCAUUACCAGCUGGCUGUGAAUCCUUCCAGACACGUCGUCUGCUGCACCAGUUACUUUCAUAAUGAAAAAAGUUCACAAAGGUUAUAACGAGGAUGAUUCGCUGGAGGUCGGAGAACAAGAAAAUACCGCAAGACCCACUGGCCCAGCCCCCACUUCACAGAUGGGGACACAGAGGCCCAGGAGACGGGACCCCAGGGGCAGCACAGAGCUUUCUGGAGCAGCAGCGGCCUCAGUCAUGGCCCCGCCGUGGGUGCCCGCCGUGGGCUUGACGCUGGCGCCCAACCUGGGCUCCUUCCUGGGCUCCCACUUUGUCCGCGGCGAGGGCCUGCGCUGGUACGCCGGCCUGCGGAAGCCCCCGUGGCACCCGCCCCGCUGGGCGCUGGGCCCCAUCUGGGGCACGCUCUACUCGGCCAUGGGGUACGGCUCCUACAUGGUCUGGAAAGAGCUAGGGGGCUUCUCAGAGGAGGCAGUGGUUCCCCUGGGCCUGUAUGCCGGGCAGCUGGUCCUGAACUGGGCAUGGCCCCCCAUCUUCUUUGGCGCCCGGCAGAUGGGUUGGGCCCUGGUGGACCUUCUGCUGACCAGUGGGGUGGCGGCGGCCACGACUGUGGCCUGGCACCGGGUGAGCCCACCAGCUGCCCGCCUGCUCUACCCCUACCUGGCCUGGCUGGCCUUCGCGGCCACACUCAACUACUGCGUAUGGCGGGACAACCGCGGCUGGCGCAGGGGCCGGCCGGUCCCGGAGUGAGUGCCCAGCCUGCGAGGACUGUGGCCGGUGCCAGCAGGUGUCAUUGGUGGCAGUGGCUGUCACGCUUUCACAGCCACCAGGCCUGCUGCUCUG